CUUGACGCGAACAAUUGUUGUACAAUUUGUUAUCGAGUAUGGAGACCCCAGUAGUCAAGCUAUCGGACGAGGAGCUCAAAACGGUCUACGAGCCGUCCGAGGAUUCGUAUCUCUUAAUCGAUGCUUUGGAGGCAGAUUUGGAGAUUCUGCGAAGAAUGAAACCCGCGAUCUGUCUAGAGAUAGGUAGUGGCUCCGGCAUAGUUAUCACGGCUCUGGCAAUGGCAUUGAGGAGACAUUGCAGCGCUCAUUUCCUCGCGAUUGAUAUAAAUCCCGAUGCGUGCAGGGUCACGAGAAGAACUAGUCUACUUAACUGCGUCGAUGUAGAUGUUGCUCACAUGAAUUUGUUAGACUGUAUACGGAUUAGGUGUACGUUCGACAUUGUUUUAUUCAAUCCACCGUACGUGGUUACGGGAUACGAGGAAAUGCUGGACGAUAGACUGCUGUUCAAAACGUGGGCGGGUGGUAAAAGUGGCAGGCAAGUCAUGGAGCAGGUGUUUGCCAAGAUCCCUGAAAUUCUAUCAGACGCGGGAUUAUUUUACUUAGUCGUUAUCAAAGAGAACGAUCCGGAAUAUAUCUUAAGUGCUUUCGAAAAAUUGAAUAUGUCCGGUAAAAUUGUUUGCGAGCGGAAAGUAAGGGGAGAGCACUUGUACGUUUUACGGUUUCGUAAAACCAAGAUAAAUGAGAAACCAACAUCAGGAAUGUAAUAAUGCGUGGAGUUUGUAUCUUUCUACAUUUUUAAUAUUAUAUAAAUUUCUAAUAUUACAUUAAAAAUACUAUUAUUUCAUUGAGCGUAUAUUUUCAUAGAUUCCAUUAAUUUUUCCGGUGAUUGUAGAUAGAAUGUGUCGCAUUUAUAUGAAUCAUGUUUUUGUAUCUUUUGUAAAUAAUUGUAACGUUACUUUUAUCGUUUUAUGUUUAUCUGUAAAUCCUUAUUAUGUAUCAUAAUUAUGAUAUAUCAUUUAGAAAUAAAUGUAUAAUUCGAAA